AUGGACGAAGACGAGUAUUACAAAAAUUUUAUAUCUGCGACUAAUAAUGAAGAAGAUUUGCCUAGCGACGAUGAGGAUUUUUUUGCAGUUGACGAAGUAAUUGAAGACAAUUACCAUGCAAGAAUUCCAAAAGCUGAGCUUGUAGAUCUCGUGAUGGAAUCUCAGCAUAUUUCAAAGCCUACUUGUACAGUCUAUAGGCCUGUGAUGCCAGUUUAUAACCAAAGAGUUAUGGAUAAUGUGGUGUGCUUUACGAGAGAGCAGAGGAUGAUGCUGCUUUCACAAAUUGAAAUUUUUAUCCAAUUACUGAUACAAAACAUUUUGCUUGCGGAUGAUAUUAGAAUGAAAGAAGACGGGGUGAGAAUACUUACUCCUCUACCAGCAAACAAUUUUUUUUUAAAUUUUAUAGUAAAUUUUAAAAAUUGGAAAGCAAAGAUUAACUUAUUUUGCAAAAUUUAUAUUGCAAAACGCAAGUUGCUUAAAAAUUAACAGUGCUGACUAGAGAUUUCGUUAUAAUAAUUAUCAUUUAUAUUUUAAGCUCGUUAUUAAACUGGGGGCUUUACUUAAAAAUGGGGAAUUUUGCUCGUUCAGGUAGGGGGAGCUAGAGAUGUGCUUAAGAGAUGUGAAUCAAACUCGAAUUUAUAUGAUAUUUCAUUUUUGAUAUAGCUCAGGGCCGCUUUAGCUUGCCAAAGGGUUUUCUUUAAAACUAGAGGUUACUUAAGCAGCCUAUAUUGCUGAGUAACCUCUCAAAUUCAGAAAACCUAGAGCCCUGGGACGAAAUAAAGACCUCCUUAGAUAUAAACGGCAGAGCCAAAAUUUCCGUCCCCCGCCAAAUCUCAUUGCUGUAUGUCCCUUUAGUAGAUGUUAUCAAAACUUGUUUUCCUUUUGAAGAUUUAAUGAGGGUAAGAAUGUCCCGAAAAGAAAUAAAAGAUGCAUUGGAAAUUUUUUCUCCUCCUUUUAUAUCUAGAUGGCUUUUGCCGCUUGACAAUAUUCCAUCUCCAAGAAAGGCAAAACAAGGUUUUAACGUUUUAGAUGAUAUGCUAUUACUCCAAGGGUUAACUAAAACCAGCUCAUUAUUUUUGAUACAAGAAAAUUGAUUACCGAAUAAAACUCCUGCUCAAAUAAAAAAUAGGAUUAAAAAUUUAAAGUCAAAAAAAUACCCACCAAAAAAUGAAGCUCAGGAAAGGAUUAUGAAAUUAUUAGAAGAACAAAAAAAGCCGCUAAAUGAAGAAGAGCUGCAGCAACUGAGGAAGGGACUGCAAUGGUUUGGGCUACAAAAAAUACAUCAAAUUCAGAAAUAUUUUUUACCGAAUAGGCCAAUUAAAUUGUUAACUGAAAUGUCAAGAGAACAGAUCAGCAACCCCUUGGAUAACUUUACACAAGAAAAUUUGGAUCCUACAGACUCGUGUGCGUGCUUUUGCCAAUGUGAUGAGGUAUUUGAAGUGUAUUAUUUGCAGUAG